GCAACCAUGAUCUCCAGACAGCAGUGCGUCCGAGGCGGGUCCCAGGGCUUUAGCUGUGUCUCGGCUGUCGUCGGUGGGGGCAAGAGGCCUGCCUUCAGCUCAGUCUCCACGUCUGGGGGCACGGGCCGCUGCUCCUCUGGGGGCUUCGGCAGCAGGAGCCUCUACAAUCUCGGGGGGAGAAAGAGCAUCGCCAUCAGCAUGGCCGGGUCCCGGCAAGGCGCUGGCUUCGGGGCUGCUGGAGGUUUUGGCGUUGGCAACUUUGGUAGUGGAUUUGGGGGUUCUUUUGGUGGACGGGGUGGUCCUGGCUUCCCCGUCUGCCCUGCUGGGGGGAUUCAGGAGGUCACCAUCAACCAGAGCCUGCUGACUCCACUCCACGUGGAGAUCGACCCCGAGAUCCAGAAGGUCCGGACUGAGGAGCGGGAGCAGAUCAAGACCCUCAACAACAAGUUCGCGUCUUUCAUCGACAAGGUGCGGUUCUUAGAGCAACAGAAUAAGGUCCUGGAGACCAAGUGGAACCUCCUCCAGCAGCAGACGACCACUACAUCCAGCAAAAACCUUGAGCCCCUCUUUGAGGCCUACAUCAGUGUCCUGAGGAAGCAGCUGGAUACCUUGGCCAAUGACAAAGGACGGCUGCAGUCUGAGCUGAAGUCCACGCAGGACAGCGUGGAGGACUUCAAGACCAAGUAUGAGGAUGAGAUCAGUAAGCGGACGACUGCCGAGAAUGACUUUGUGGUCCUCAAGAAGGAUGUGGACAUCGCGUACAUGACCAAGGUGGAGUUGGAGGCCAAGGUGGAUGCUCUGAACGAUGAGAUCAACUUCUUGAGGGUCCUCUUUGCUGCGGAGCUGUGCCAGAUGCAGACUCAUGUUUCAGACACGUCCGUGGUCCUGUCCAUGGACAACAACCGGAACCUGGACCUGGACAGCAUCAUCGCUGAGGUCCGCGCCCAGUAUGAGGAGAUCGCCCAGAAGAGCAAGGCGGAGGCUGAGGCGCUGUACCAGACCAAGGUCCAACAGCUCCAGAUCUCAGUUGACCAACAUGGUGACAGCCUGAAGAACACCAAGAGUGAGAUCUCAGAGCUCAACAGGAUGAUCCAGAGGCUGCGGGCUGAGAUUGAGAAUGUCAAGAAGCAGUGCCAGACUCUGCAGGCAUCCGUGGCUGAUGCAGAGCAGCGUGGGGAGCUGGCCCUCAAAGAUGCCUACAGCAAGCGCACAGAGCUGGAGGCCGCCCUGCAGAAGGCCAAGGAGGAGCUGGCCCGGAUGCUGCGGGACUACCAGGAGCUCAUGAGCGUGAAGCUGGCCCUGGACGUGGAGAUCGCCACCUACCGCAAGCUGCUGGAGGGCGAGGAGUGCAGAAUGUCUGGAGAAUGCCAGAGUGCCCUGAGCAUCUCUGUGGUUGGUGGUGGCGCUAGUGCUGGGACCAUCGGCGGAGGAUUAGGAAGCUGCUCUGGGUUUGGCCUGGGCAGUGGCUUUGGCUCUGGCUCCGGAAGUGGCUUUGGGUUUGGUGGCGGUGUCUGUGGCAGUUCUGGCAGCAAGAUCAUCUCUACCAGCACCAUGAUCAAGAGGUCCCACCGAUAGAGGAGACAAGGUCCCUGCAGCCCUUGAGCCCAGCUGGGCCCAGCCCUGGUAUCUCUGUGCUUC